AUGGCUCGAAAAGUGCCUGCUCGCGACCAGAUCGUCAAAUUGAUAGUUGGCGCCGGCCAGGCAAGUCCUAGUCCGCCUGUUGGCCCGGCACUUGGUAGCAAGGGCGUCAAGAGUAUAGAUUUUUGCAAGAAGGAAUUCAAUGCCCGUACAGCUCACAUUACCCCUGGAGUUCCCAUUCCAGCUCGAGUCACCGUCCGUCCAGAUCGCUCUUUUACGUUCGAGCUACGUACACCCAUGACCUCCUGGCUUCUGCUCCGAGCCGCCGGCGUGAAAGAAAUCAAGGGCAAAACACGAGGAGCACAACGACCUGGUUCCGAAAUUGUUGGCACCGUCUCGCUCAAACACAUUUAUGAGAUUGCCAAAAUCAAGCAGAGUGAGCUGCGUUUGUCGGGUCUCAGCCUCGAAGGACUAUGCAAGAGUGUCAUCUGGCAGUGUAAAUCAAUCGGCGUCAAGGUUGUGCCGUGA